CACAGCUUCACAUCACAUGCUUCCACCUUGUGGCAAAACAGAGCCAUUGCAAUAAAUAGGAAGACUGUAAGAGUGCUGUAUGAAAGUUUUAUAUGUUGUUUAUUUGAUAGAUGAAGCUGCAUGGCCACUUUAUUCAAUAUAACUCAUUCAUGGAUAAAUUUGAUAUAUGAUGUUCCCUGUUAAAGCCCUGCUCCGACACACACACCAAAGAUCUGAUUAGCUGGAUGCGUUUAAUUAAACUGCCUUAGAGAAUUAACAGUGUGUGAAGCCAUUCCUCUUUCUUUAAAAUAAUCAAUACAAUUCAAGCGUACUUGUUACAUAGUUAAUGAUAGCCAAAGUGCACACUGGAGACAAAAAGCGUAACAACAAAGUAAUAGGAAAUGUGCUAAAAUGUUAAUUAUUUUCCAGUUUCAAUACACAUUCAAAAAUGACAUAUUUAGAAACAAGUACUGUAAUCAUCUCAAAUGGCCAACUGUACCCAGACAUUCAGUUCAGAAUUAUUAACAACAUCUGUCCAGCUGCUGAAACUUUACAGAAAAGAUGCCGUUUUGAAGUAGAUUUUGGUUUAUGGUCUUCGGAACAAGGUGUCAUUCAUGUGAAACAACAUUAGAAUUAUUACUAAACAUCAUAUACAUAAAAUCAAGUAGAAUAACAGUAAAUCCUCUUUAAGUUGUUUUAACAAUGAAUGUAUUUUAUCAUCCUUACUUCACUCCAAAGAUAAUCAACCUCUAGAGAAUUAUAUAAAACCAUUUUUUUAACCCCUUGCAACCCCUUUAGAUGUUUGAAGCAUGUUUUUGAUUCGUUGUCUACUGUGUGUGUGUGUGUGUGUGUGUAUUCACACAUGAAAGCCAUCCCUCUUUCUUUAAAACAAUUAAUUAAUCCUCUUUAAAUAGUUUGAAAAAAUGAAUGAAAAUGUCUCGUUUUAUUUUUUGAUGUGUGAAGAAUGUUGUUUGUUUUUUGUCUAUUGUGUGUGUAUUCACACAUGAAUAUUUCUCUAUGUCAUGUGUGUAGAUUUUGUUCCUUACCUGAGCGUUCAAUAAAAAACAAAAACAAGAAGGCUCGUUCUUCCUCAUUAGGUGACGAUCCGCGCUCUGAUUGGACAUCCGCCGGCGCUAUGUUAAUGUAGGGGCGGGGCCUCGCCAAGUGAGUAGGUGACGUCAGCUCUCAUUCCGCAGAAGCGAAACAAACAUGGCGACAGAAUGGAGUGGGAAAGGCAGCACGCUAACUUUAUUACUGAUCUUUUGGAUUAGAUUCUGUUCGAACCGAGCCCAGUCCUCAGGCAGCGACAGCCGGAUCCUCGGCAUGCGGCUGGAGAGCAGCGACAAGCCCGCCUCGACCACCGACGAUGGGAUCGUCCAGGUAACCGAGGGGAGCGACAUCCAGCUCCGCUUCUACGGGCUGCAGAUCAGCAACGACACCUGGGAGCGGAUCAAGUUCGUGGAGCAGAGCGAGGAGACAAACAGCACUUGUGCUGACUUCACCAAAGACAUCUCCAUCAGGACUAGCAUGACCGUCCACAGCCAGGGCACUUCGGGAGUCCUGGGGCUCAGGAUCAAACCGCUUCGGAAGAGCGAGUCGCACCGGGAUUACGCGCUGUGCGUCCGGCGCAGCCCUGAUGGGAAGUGGUUCCUCCUCGGACAAAACGACGGAAAGUUGCGUGUGGUGGAGGAGAAAAAGUCCCUUCUGCCUAUCUGGUUCCAGGUGAUCUUAAUAUCCUGCCUUCUGGUUCUGUCAGGGAUGUUCAGCGGGUUAAAUCUGGGUCUAAUGGCGUUGGAUCCCAUGGAGCUGCGGAUCGUCCAAAGCAGCGGCACAGAGAAGGAGAAGAAGUACGCGAGAAAAAUCGAACCGAUCCGGCGGAAAGGAAACUACUUAUUGUGCUCGCUUCUCUUGGGGAACGUGCUGGUCAACACUACACUGACUAUCCUUCUCGACGAUCUCAUCGGAUCCGGUUUGGCCGCCGUUAUAGCGUCGACUAUCGGCAUCGUCAUCUUCGGCGAGAUCGUCCCUCAGGCGCUCUGUUCCCGCCACGGUUUGGCGGUUGGCGCGAACACCAUUCACCUCACGAAGUUCUUCAUGCUUGUGACUUUCCCGCUUUCUUUCCCAGUCAGCAAACUCUUGGACUGCGUUCUGGGUCAGGAGAUCGGUACCGUGUACAACCGAGAGAAGCUGCUGGAGAUGCUGAAGGUGACCGCGCCGUAUAACGACUUGGUGAAGGAGGAGAUGAACAUGAUCCAAGGCGCGCUGGAGCUGAGGACCAAGACGGUGGAGAACAUCAUGACUCCGUUAGGCGACUGCUUCAUGAUCAACAGCGACACCGUGCUGGACUUCAACACCAUGUCUGAGAUCAUGGAGAGCGGGUACACGCGGAUUCCCGUCUACGAGGAAGAGCGGAGCAACAUCGUGGACAUCCUCUUCGUCAAAGACCUCGCCUUCGUGGAUCCGGAUGACUGCACGACGCUGAAGACCAUCACCAAGUUCUACAACCAUCCGGUGCACUUUGUGUUUCACGACACCAAGCUGGACUCCAUGCUGGAGGAGUUUAAGAAAGGUAAAUCACACCUGGCCAUUGUCCAGAAGGUUAAUAGCGAGGGGGAGGGAGAUCCGUUCUAUGAGGUGCUGGGAUUGGUCACGCUGGAAGACGUCAUCGAGGAGAUCAUCAAAUCAGAAAUCCUGGACGAGUCUGACCUCUACACUGAUAACCGCACCAGGAAGAAAGUGGCACACAAUAAGAACAAGCGAGACUUCUCUGCCUUCAAACAUGAGAGCGAGUCUAAAGUCAAGAUCUCUCCUCAGCUGCUGCUCGCCGCUCACCGCUUCCUCGCCACAGAGGUGAAUCUGUUCAGUCCAUCUCAGAUCUCAGAGAAAGUCCUUCUGCGUAUUCUUAAACACCCUGAUGUGAUCCAGGAGAUCAAAUUCAGCGAGAACGACAAGAAAUCAGCGCAUCACUACCUGUACCUGCGCGGCAAAGCCGUGGACUACUUCAUCCUCAUCCUGCAGGGCCGUGUGGAGGUGGAGGCUGGGAACGAGAAUAUGAUGUUUGAGACGGGGCCGUUCUCUUUCUAUGGAGUCAUGGCUCUCAGCGCUCCAACACUAGUGAGUGUCUCUCGUCCCCAUCACCUGUCUCUUAAGAGAUGCUCUCUCUUCUCUCGAUUCCAAGAGUUCCGCUCUCCGUCUCACAUCGACGGACUGAACCGCUCGGCGUCUCUGAGCAACACGGAUCGCCCAGAGCCUCAGUCCAUCAGCGGCAGCAGCACGCAGCUCAGCAGCACCGCUCCGCCGCAGUACACACCCGACUUCAACGUCCGAGCUCUGGCCGACCUGCAGUUCGUGAAGAUCACACGCUCUCAGUAUCAGAACGGUCUGGUGGCGUCUCGGCUGGACAGUUCCCCGCAGUCUCCGGACAGUGGACACGGCCUCGUGGACAACAACACAACAUCCGCUCUGCAUCCGUCUUCAGAAAACAUGGUGACGCUCGCGGACGAGACGACCUCGCUCCUCAUCGAACAGAACAGCCAAACACCGCACACAUAACGACGGUGCACACUCGUGAUUUACCCGUAUCCCACAGUCCUGCUGGACAUCAAGCACUUUUCCCAGAACUUUUAAUCAGAGCCCUUUUAGCGCCAACAGUAUGAUAGUGUGGGUGUAUGGACAGCAAUAGAUUUAAGACGUUGUGUAACAGAUUGUGCAAGACGAAAAAAACAAAGACACCAAAGUGUAUCCGGACUGAGAAAGGCCCCUGUGUCAGACGGACUGUGCCUGGGGCGCUUCAUAGAAUAGAAUAGAGACGUUUCUAGAGAUCAAGAUGUUUAUUUUGUCAUUUUUCUAUUGAGGUUUAUCUGAAAUGUCAACAAGGGAAACUGCAGAUGCCUUUUUAUUUUUUGUUAGUCCAUAGUUAAUUCAUCAUUGUACCAAAUUCUGUGUGUGUGUGCGCGCAUGCGUCUGUCUCUGUGUGUGUGAGUGAAGCUUAGAAUGAGUUUAUGAUAGAGACAUACAUGCACGUGUGUGUGUGUGUGUGUGUGUGUGUGUGUGUGUACGAUGACGCACGAGCUGGAUUUGGCCGUUGCAGCCCAAGCACAUCUCAGGGAGACAGAGACCCGCUGAGCUUCACACACUAGCUGCAUGUUCAGUGAUUCCCGCUGAUGUACGUGAACCCAAGCGACGAGCGAUCAAAAAAAGUGAAGCAUGCUGUCGUCAAAUGCACAUGACAUCCGCUUGACGUUUCUCCAUCGGAUAAUUCUGUGGCGGUGUUUGUGUGAUUUAGUGUUUGUGUCCUUUUGAAAUGAAUGCAUUGACUUUUUUUUAUUCCAAAGAGAACAAGCAUUUGUCGUUGUAUAAUUCAACUGUAAACUGAGUCACGUUUCUGCACAGAAUAUUUGUGAUUCGAGCUCUUGAACUGUAUCUGACGCUCCCGAUGGACCAGAGGUAAUCUAACCAAAAGAACUGAAUUGUAUUUAUUUAGCGUAAAAAUUGAGGUGGUGUAUUUUUGAAAUGCUUUGAUUUGUUUUUGUGACUGCGUGUUUUCUAAGCAGGGUUGACAUGGUACAGACUACAAAUUGUAGAGGCCUAAAACUAGAAAAUUCAGGAAGUGACUUUUGUUUCUUUGCCUUUUUUUUUUUUCACUCUGCACAUCUUUUGCUUUCAUACCAAAUAUGUUUGAAACUGAUAAGAACAAUCCAAGUGAAAAGUGUCUAGUAGACACGUUGACCGGAAGAUAUCAUCCCAUGCCUUGUCAGAUGAACUCUUUUAUUCUGUAGCAUCUCGAUGAAAAGGAGAGCAAGAACUGCACUGUUUUUUUUCUGGUUCUGACCGCUGGAGACACUCCGUUUGUUCAAACUGUUAAUCUAAUUAUGUCCUGUCCCUCUCAAAGGAAUCAUAAAAAAAAAAAUACAUUGUGAAUUCACACUUUUUUUUUUUUUUUUCUUUAAUGGAAACUGCUGAUUUUUUUUUUUUUUUAGGUGUAACAACUUUAUUCAUUCUUUUUAUACUGUAUUUUUUCCAAGUUAUUUCGUGCAUCGGGAGAGGUCUUCUUUCUGAGUUUGGCUAUUAAAUUAUUUAUUUAAUCAGUGUAAUAUGUUCCACGUUAUUGUAUUCAUUGUCUGUAAUGGGUUUGGCAACAACUCUCAGAUCGAGAAGGUCUACAGAUGGACUAAAGGCAAGUCAUCAAGUUUACAUGAAUAAUUUCCUGUACGUGUGAAAGAAAAUACUUUGCAAUUCUCUAGUCGACAAAAACAACUGUGACUGCACUGCAUUUAUGAGACUAAUUUCAACAUUUCAGUUUCUCUAUUGCACAAUCAAUCUCUUACUUACAACUCAACUUUCUUGAGAUCAAAAUAGGUCACCCACGAGCUUUGCUUGGAUCCAGUGAGAAACUGCUUUUAUGGAUGAAAGUGUUUAGUCUUAAAAAGUUAGUAAUCUAAUUUUUUUUUUUUUUUUCAAGACUGGUCAUAAUUCAGUUAUGAAACGGUAGAUUAGUUUUAUUUGUAUUGGAAAAGUAAGAUUACGGCUUGGAAACUGCUAGUUGUUCAAACGAGUUCUUAAGACAGUCUGGCCCCUGCUUGUUUCAAUAAGUUUUCUAUAGUGUUUUCUUUACUCUUUACUUCAAAAACUGUCUAAAAUGGGUGAUAUUUCAUGUAUUUGAGGUCUGAGAUGUAGGUACGCUGAAGAGAGAGAGAGAGAGAGAGCAAACAUGAUGUAUGGUUUGUUAGGAUCUGACAAUAUUUGUCUGAGAUGCAACUAUUUGAAAAUCUGGAAUCUGAGGGAGCAAAAACAUCUAAAUAUUGAGAAAAUCUCCUUUAAAGUUGUUCAAAUGAAGUUCUUAGCAAUGCAUAUUACUAAUCAAAAAUGAAGUUUUGAUAUAUUUACGGUAGGAAAUUUACAAAAUAUCUUCAUGGAACAUGAUCUUAAUAUCCUAAUGAUUUUUGGCAUAAAAGAAACAUGUAUAAUUUUGACCCAUACAAUGUAUUGUUGGCUAUUGCUGCAGAUAUAGCUGUGCUGCUUAUGACUGCUUCUGUGCUGCAGGCUCACAUUUAUUCAAUCUUAAUUUUUGUAAAAUACUGCAACAAGAUGUUAACAUUUUUUGGGGGGGUCUUUUUAUAUUAAAAACAAUCAAGCAAGCCCAGCCCAGAUUUACAAUACAAUAUUACAAUGAUAAAAAAAAAAUUAAAAGAUAAUAAACUAUAUGGUGAGACCUG